GAAAUGGAAGAUAGCUCACCUGAUUUAAGUUUAAAAUUAAGACGUGGAUCAAGUGAUUCUCGAGAUUCAUUUUAUAUGGAUUUUGCGCAAGGGAUUGAUUCAGAUAUUGAGGAUAUUGCAACCACGACAUCAGGUGGUGCAAUACCGGAAAUGGGGGAUGUUACAACCGAAUGUGAUGUUACUACGGUUAGCCCAUCAACAACCAUACCACCAAAUAAGGAUGAGGAAGGGCCAAGUUGGCCAUCAAUUCCUCUAAAUAAUAUGAGCGGUGGGAGUAGAGCAUGUAGUAGUCGAUUGGGUGGUGGUGACCCAUUACUGCCAUCACCAGCUUCCCCAACAGCAGUAAUUGUAUCACCAGAAACCUUAAGUCAUCAUUCAUCAUCGUCACCAGCACGACGUCCAUUAUCCUCAGCUGGUAGCACAACACAUCAUCAUCAAAAGCAACAAAGUGGUAGCAACCGAUUUAGUGGAAUAAGCGUUGGUGGUGUCACGCCAUCGUGUUCGCAUCAUCAUGUGUCAUUAUCUUCACCCAUCAGACAGCACGGUGACAGUAGCAAUAUAAGUAGUAGCCGUGGUGGAAUGAAUACAACGGAUGAAGCGAGUAAAACAGGAAGGGAUGCUGUAAGUCAUCAUCAUCAUACACGGCGUACACAACAAAAACAAAAAGCUGGCCCCCUUGCAAUAGCACCCUUAAGUUUUCAACAUCAUCAUGUUGGCGGUCUUCAACUUCCUGCACUAAGACGACCCUCUCGUGUUGAACGCCAGACUGAAUGGAAACAACUUGGCGCUGAUGCGUUAGCAACAACAUUAUCCGCUUUGUAUGGGAAAUUAUUAGUUGUAAUGGGAACUGCAUUUCCAAUGGCUGAAGUUAUAUCAACUUAUAUACCACCAUCUUUUUAUGAGUGGUAUUAUUUAUAUUUGUACAUUGGAAGUAUGUUGUUUCUAUUAUACAUGUAUACGAUGCUAUUAACGGAGAAAAAGAACAGGAAAAAAGCAAGAAUGAAAAGUAAUUUAGCAGCUAAAGAACUUUCAAUUAGUGAUAGUGGUGAAGAAUCAGGCACAGCAACGUCCAGUAAACAAUCCGAUGAUUCCGGUAGUACAACCUCGGAUAGUCGAUAUCGUGUCGCUGUGAAUGCAACAAGACGAUUAUCAUUUUUAAUGACCCAACCUCACCAGUACCAUUAUGGAAGCUUUUAUUUACGAAUGGGUGCAGUAGCUUUUGGAAUUGGAAGUAUGAUCUAUUCAGGUUUAGAAUUUGGACAGUAUUUUGAAUUGGAACGGAAUACAAAGUGUCAUAAUGUUAUGUUAGCUUUAACGCCAGCAACUCGAAUGGCAUUUAUUUUUAUACAAAUGUAUUUCAUUUUCUUAACUAAUGAGCAAAUGAAGGUUUAUAAACAUAAAAUAACUGCCCGAUUUGGAUUGAUGCAUAUGAUUGGAACAAAUUUAUCAGUAUGGUUAAAUGUACUCGUCCAAGAAACUAAACAUGAAAUUUUAACUUUCUACAAUCCAGAAAAUAAUUCUUUACGAAUAUCACAUCGGUUAGGUUCCAAAGUCUUACAUUUCAGUGGUCGUGAGGGUGGAGGCCAUGGUCAUGGCGAACAAUUAGCAUUAACUGCCACACAUCAUAUAGUCGCACGAGGUUUAAAAGGCCCCCAUGCAAUAUACGAAUGUCGUCGUACAAACAUAAUUGGAUCAUUGGUUCAAGAUGCCUCACCAUUUCUAUUUCCUUGUACGAUUGAGUACAGUUUAAUCUGUGCAGCAAUUCUGUACGUAAUGUGGAAAAAUAUCAGUAAACAACCAAAACAAAUUAGUAUCAUCGAUAUUAAAUCUACAAAUGAUGGUUUAGCUUAUAAAAAAUCACCCCAUCACUAUUCCGUAGAUUGUGCUCGCGCACAUAAAGGUCUAUUCGUUGGUAUAUUAAUCCUAGUCUUAACAAUUAUAUCGCUAAUAUUAUUUUUUGUAUUAAUAUCACGACCAGAAUUUGUAAAUUUAGCCGUAAUGGAAGUGAAUAUUUGUGAGUUAACAUUGUACGGUGUUAGUACAUUGGCGAGCUUAAUUGGUAUGUUUCAAGUACGGGUACUUAAAUACGAUGGAGGUCGUAAUUUGGAAUUAGAUAAUAUUUUAUUAAUUGGUGCCCAAACUGGGAUGUUUAUUUACAGUAUGUUUACGAUUAUUGGUGGACAAUUUACAAUUGAAAAAAAUACGAUUUUAGUUGUAAUAACAGCCCUAACGUCCUUAGUACAAACUACAUUUCAAACGAUGUUUAUAUUAGACGCAUCACGACGCUCGUGUGUUACACCAGAUCAAAUACGACGUAAACCAGGACGUGAAAUUGUAACAUUUUUAUUGGUAACAAAUUUAGCAAUGUGGGCAAUAUCAACGUUAGAAAAAUCUCGAGCAGAAUCACACCCAAUACAAUUGCAUUUUUAUGGCUUAUGGGCAUGGACAAUAAUUACCCAUGUGUCAAUGCCUUUGGCAAUAUUUUAUCGUUUUCAUUCGACUGUUUGUUUAUGUGAAAUUUGGAAGCGGGCCUAUAAAAUGAAGCCUACUUAUAUGUAAAACACAAUCAGUUAGAUAUUUAGUAUAGUCUAAGCAACAAGUUCAAAUUGGUAAAAUAUAGAAAUAAUGUCCCACUUUCCGAAACUCCUGAAAGUUUAUCUGCAUUAGGGAGCGUCCAUAAACCACGUAGCCUGGUCAAGAGGGAGGGGGGUGAGUUUGAAUGCUACGCUGAACCACGUAACGGGUGGGAGGAGGUAAGACAAGAGCUAUCACAUGUAUUUUUUGACCAUUAUUUCUAUAUUUCAUCAACACGAACUAAAACGAACUUGUUGACUAGACUAUAUAAUCAUUUAACUCCUGACUUUUUGAAAAAAUUAUCGUAUUAGGA